CGAGUCAACUGGCAGAAGGGCGGGCUGGGGGGAGGGGGGUGGGAAAAAAAGAGAAUUGAGGGGACGGGGGGGAAGGUGAGGAAGGAAGGAGGGAGGGGAUAAAGGAACGGAGAACAGGAAGGGAGCAAAAGAUGGCGGCAAAUCCAAAUACGUGGAAUUCGCCAUCAUCAGAGUACACUACCGUGAGAGUGUCCAAUGUUCCAUACAAUGCGCAAGCGAAUGAUGUCGUAGCCUUGUUUCAACGACAUUUGCCGUCAGAUGUUGUGCGGUGUGAGAUAGUAACUAAGAAGGAGGGUUCUUCUACGGCGAAAUCUACAGGGCGGGCGUGGGUGACCUUCAAGACAAGAAGGGCCGCCGACAGGGCCAUUUCCUUGGCCGGCAGUCGGCUUCUGCAACUUAGGGGCCGAACUCUGCGCGUCGAGGCCUCUCAGCGUCAUGCUGUAAGAGAGGCAAAGCAUGAACCUGUGACCAUCCCGACAACCACCGUCAGAGUAGGAUCCCUCUUGAGGGAGGAUGCGUUUGAGGUGGAGUGGUCGGUGCAUGACCAGGGAGCGGAGAUGUGCUUUGACUUUGAAAGCCACAAGCUUCUCCUCAGAUUGCCAGCUAGGGCCACAUGGAUCAACGAUGGGUCAGCUAAACUCUCCAGCUUCCUUAGGUCCAUACGUCUGUUCGGUCGAGAUGGACUGCAAGCACCCGAGGGAGGGGGAGGAGGAGGAGGAGGAGGAGGAGGAAGUGAGCAUGCGGGCAAAACCAAGUACAUGCAGGAACUGAAGUUAGAGUUCCGGUUUGGGGACUUGAUCCGUGUUGACCGAAUCGCGAAAGAAGACCGCUCUGCGGCCUUGGUACCCAUGGUCAUGUUUGAGUGCUGGAUUCCCCCUUCUGUGUACGUACAUCUAGAACGCGCAAAAGGUGGGCAAGAUGGGGAGUGGGAGGAGGAGGAGGACAUGGAGCUGAGCCCUUUUGUUUGGUGCAGCGACCCGCUCAUGUACAAUGACAGAAAUAAGUCACUCGACGAGGAUGUGAAGUGGACGAGGACUGUUGAUCUGACGUCGAAUGGGAGCAUCGGGCGAUGUCUGGUUUACCAGGUCAUUUUCCCGGCGACUUUGGAGGCCCGGCGCCUCCUAGGCACUGCCUUGCAAAGACUCCAAGACUUCCUCCCCGCAAAAGAUCAUGCCUCGGGGAGGGAGGUCACAGUCUCCGUCGCGCGGAACGCGAUGACGGGGUUCCGCGAACCCGGGGAUGCCACUGCGCCCUCGGGCAUCGUGACCACUCUGCCCACUCCUCCGGAAAUCCCCUAUGAAAUCAUGUUUGCAGUCAACCGUCUCGUCCACAAUGACAUCGUUUGCGCUCAGAACCUGUCGCACGAGUUUUAUCGACUUUUGCAUCCUUCCACAACACCAAAGGCGCGCGCUUUGGCCGCACUUCUGUCCAUGUAUGGUGCCGGGCAAGGCGAGGAGAGAAUCUAUGAUCCCACAGCCUGGCUCAGAACAGAGCUGGAGCUCCUCUCGACUAUCCGAUUCCUGAGCGAAGAGGAUCCCAACCCUGUGGGACAGCAACUGAUGAACAUCAGGCGUUUGAUGGUGACACCAACAAAAAUAUAUUGCGAAGGUCCUGAACUUGAAGUGUCUAAUCGGGUUACACGCAGGUUCCCUGGGAAAUUGUCGCAUUUUCUGAGGGUAACGUUUUGUGAUGAGUCAUUUCAGCGCAUAUCUGCCUGGGAUCUUCAGUCCCAGCUCCCGGACCCGGACUUUAUGAGCAUGUUCUCAUUCUCAAAAUCCCUUUCGCCGUCUCCAGUUCACGAUCGCAUUCGCAAAUUUCUGCGUAAUGGGGUGGAGAUAGGGGGGCGUAAGUUCGAAUUCCUUGCAUUUUCGGCGAGUCAGUUGCGUGAGCAAUCGGUAUGGUUCUUCGCUCCAGACGGAGAAACGACACCUGACAGCUUCCGCCGAUGGAUGGGCGAUUUUUCAAACUUUCGAAAUACGGCCAAGUGUGCAGCCCGGAUGGGCCAGUGCUUCUCGUCAACAACGAAAACUCUACCCGUGCUCAACCAUGAAUUGCGCACGAUCCCCGAUGUGACAACUCGUGCUUUCGAUGGAGUAGAGUACUGUUUCUCUGACGGAAUCGGAAUUAUCUCUCAGGAGUUUGCGAGGGAAGUUGCCGCUCACGUAGGGAUCGCCAAACCUCAUCGACAGAAUCAAAUGUGCCCCUCCGCCUUCCAGAUCCGUUACGGGGGUUGCAAGGGUGUUGUGGCUGUGGACCCCAGUGCAAGACACAAGCUGUCACUGCGACCCAGCAUGAUGAAGUUCCAAUCGGAGCAUCGUGACCUGGAGGUGAUAGCGUGGUCAAAGUUUCAGCCCUGCUUUCUUAACCGCCAGAUCAUCACUUUGCUGUCCACAUUGCGUGUACCUGACGAGGCAUUUACCCGUCUGCAAGAGAGAAUGGUGUCUCGUCUCAACGCCAUGCUGGACGACCCGCUAGCCGCAGAAGCCGCGCUGAGAACGAUGAGUGCGGGAGAUACGCAUCACUUGAUCGUCCGCAUGCUUCGUUCCGGUUUCCAUCCGAAGACGGAGCCCCACUUGCAGGUGAUGCUGGCAGCCUUCCGGGCUGCUCACCUUUUGGAGAUUCAGCAGAAAGCGCGUAUUUUCGUUAGGAAGGGGCGGUGCAUGAUUGGUUGCCUGGACGAGACGGGAACACUGGAGUAUGGCCAAGUGUUCGUCAAGCUUACGUGUACUGCUUAUGAUGUCGAUCUCGCGGAUAGCAUGUGCAGGGAUUACCUUCAGAACGGAAGGGAGCUUGGCCGGUAUGGCACAAUGCAAGGCGUCCAUGCAGUCCUUAAGGGGGUGGUGGCUGUCGCGAAGAACCCGUGCCUGCAUCCCGGAGAUGUACGUGUGUUGAAGGCCGUCGAUGUUCCGGCUUUGCAUCACAUGAUAGACUGUGUGGUUUUCCCACGAAAAGGCCCUCGUCCACACCCGAAUGAGUGUUCAGGGAGCGAUCUUGAUGGUGAUGUAUACACAGUAAUUUGGGAUGACCAUCUCAUUCCACCAUCGCGAACCUCGGCAUUGCCUAUGGACUAUGUUGCCGCGCCCGCAGAGGAGCUGUCCCGCCCUGUUACGAUGGAGGAUCUCCAAGUAUUCUUCGUCAACCAUAUGCUUAGCGACAACCUUGGUAUAAUCUCCAACGCACAUGUGGCACACGCUGACAGCAGUCCGUUGAAGACCCACGACCCGAAAUGCAUCGAGCUUGCUAAGCUCUUUUCUGUGGCAGUCGACUAUCCCAAGACAGGAGUACCUGCUGUAAUGCCAAGAACCCUUAGGCCCACAGAAUAUCCUGAUUUCAUGGAGAAGGGGGGCAAGAAGACUACGUACACAUCCCGUAACGUUUUGGGGAUACUGUACAGAAGCGCAAAGGUGGGACAUUCGGAGGUGACUCCGGCAGCAUUAAGGUUGCAUAGGGAGGAUAUCGAACGGUUAUACGACAAAGACCUGGAAUACGGCGACUUCAGCCUGCUGCUCGGGGAAGCGUGGGAGUGCAAGCGUGCCUACAACAUCCGGUUGGUGGGACUGAUGAACCAGUACCGCAUCACGAGCGAAGCGGAACUGGUGACGGGACAUGUGCUCAAGUUUUCGCGCUUUUACCAGCGCAAGCAGCAGGAGGUGAAGGAUAGGGUGCGGACGGCGUACUCGGCAAUCCGCAAAGCUGCGCGACAAUGGUUUGAGCAAGGGUACAACCUUGUCGGCAACCCAGCCGACGCUUCUUCCGCGGAAGAUGCUUCUCUUGGCCAUGGCGGCGAGUCAAAUCUGGACAGCAUCGAACUCGAAGGGGAAGAGGAAGACUACGAUUAUGAUACUGGUGAGGAGGAGCUGGGCAGGCCAUCUGGGGGAAGAAACCUGACCGACGAUCUGACGCGAGCCUCAGCAUGGUAUCAUGUCACAUACCAUCCUGAUUGGAUAGAUAGGGGAAAGAAGGAGGGGUAUAAGGGUAUACCCCUAUUAAGCUUUGCCUGGGUUGCCGCAAAGGAGCUAGGGCUGCUGAAGACUGGCUUGCACAGCUCCGUCCGGAGAAGAAUCUAAGGCUUAAACCACCAGUUCAACCGAGCCUCUGUUUGCCGACUCGAAGACUCGGAGGUGGAUAAUUCCCCCCGUGCGCCAAGCUGUGGUGAAACGGCAGCAUGUCACUUUUUCUUCUCUUUCGGCUGGCGCCACCAGCCAUUUUGGUCCGGCAGGCGGAGCCACCAAAAUUUCCGGAUUCGCUCAAUUUCCACGCUGAAGUUUCCUGCGCAAUGUACUGGCAGUUUAAACCAGAGUACCCACCUCGGCUACCCUGUGCGCAUCUUCCAGCUAAUACAAGGCGGCAGAAAGGCUCAGCCUACCAGACCAAAUGGCUGGCAGCACGCAGUAUAGGCCAAAGACCCGGAA